CAACGUGAGAUCUCCCUCCUCUUCACCAUGUCUGACAAACUGUCCUACAAAGUCGCUGACAUCAGCCUGGCCGACUGGGGCAGAAAGGCCAUAGAGAUUGCUGAGAAUGAAAUGCCUGGACUGAUGAAGAUGAGGGAGAUGCACUCUGAAUCCAAGCCUUUGAAAGGAGCCAGGAUUGCGGGGUGCCUGCAUAUGACCCUUCAGACUGCUGUCCUUAUUGAGACCCUGACUGCACUAGGAGCUGAGGUGCAAUGGUCCAGUUGCAACAUCUUCUCUACACAGGAUCACGCUGCUGCAGCCAUUGCUAAAACUGGAGUCCCAGUGUACGCCUGGAAGGGUGAGACCGAUGAAGAGUACAUUUGGUGCAUUGAGCAGACCAUUUACUUUAAAGAUGGCAAACCCCUCAACAUGAUCCUGGAUGACGGUGGAGACCUGACCAAUCUGGUUCACUCUAAGUAUCCCCAGCUACUGAAAGGCAUUAAAGGAAUCUCUGAAGAGACCACCACUGGCGUUCACAACCUCUACAAAAUGAAGUCCAGUGGAACACUGCAGGUGCCAGCCAUUAAUGUGAAUGACUCUGUUACCAAGAGCAAGUUUGAUAACCUGUAUGGAUGCAGAGAAUCGCUCAUUGAUGGUAUUAAGCGAGCCACCGAUGUAAUGAUUGCUGGCAAGGUAGCUGUUGUAGCUGGAUAUGGUGAUGUUGGUAAAGGAUGUGCACAAGCGCUAAGAGCCUUUGGAGCCCGUGUCAUCAUCACUGAAAUUGAUCCAAUCAAUGCACUUCAGGCUGCUAUGGAAGGAUAUGAAGUGACUACAAUGGAUGAAGCCAGCAAAGAAGGAAACAUCUUUGUGACCACUACUGGAUGUGCAGAUAUUGUAGAGGGCAGACAUUUUGAAAACAUGAAAGAUGAUUCCAUUGUCUGCAACAUUGGGCAUUUUGAUAUAGAACUGGAUGUGAAAUGGCUGAACGAAAAUGCUGUCAAAAAAGUCAACAUCAAACCACAGGUGGAUCGAUAUCUGCUGAAGAACGGGCGGCACAUCAUUCUGCUUGCCGAGGGCCGUCUGGUGAAUUUGGGGUGCGCCAUGGGACACCCCAGCUUUGUCAUGAGCAAUUCUUUCACAAAUCAGGUGAUGGCUCAGAUUGAGCUGUGGACCAACACUGACAAGUAUCCUGUCGGCGUAUAUUUCCUGCCAAAGAAGUUGGACGAGGCUGUAGCUGCUGCUCACCUUGACAAGCUGGGAGUCAAGCUCACCAAGCUGACAGACAAACAAGCCAAGUAUCUUGGGCUGGACAAGGAAGGUCCUUUUAAACCUGAUCACUACAGAUACUAAGGAUCCACCAACCCAAAACCUGGAACAUAAAACAAGAGAAUUCUGCAUCCAAAGCAACCAUUUCCCAGAGAGUAUGGUCUCUCCUCCUAAAGCCUGGAAUUUCAUGGCAAAUUCAAGUCUUAUUGAGUUGCUAAAUCUGGUAUAUUUGGAUCUGUAUAUGGGGUUUUCUCACCAUAAUGGAAAAAAUGUGCCUCUUUCUUCUGUAACUAGACUUUUCUUCACUACUACACCCUGUGAAGCCAAUGAGUAAUAUGUGCAAGCAAAGGUCAUGGCGUUGGGGUAGUUACAGUCCAUCAGCUUUAUUAGAACGGUUUUCCUAAGUUGGAAGCUCCAAACUGAUACCUAUCAUCCUAAAGUGUCACUCAACAAGAUCAGUAUGGAUUGGAAGAUUGAUUUGCAAUGUGCGGGUAUCUACAGGUCUUUGCACAACUCCAGCCAAAUUGUUCAUGUUUAUUGGCUCUCCAGCUUUUUGUUGAUUAUAUAUUGGUUUUUUUUUCCCCCAAAGUGGAUCCCUCAAAAGGCUUUGUUUUACCAAUCUUCCUCCAUGCUUUAACAAACAUCUCCUAGUAUUUGGUCUAUCCUACCUCGGCCUGCUUGUCUUAAGAGCUUUUGUAUUUCCUGAUGUCUCUUUCCAUUAGCCAUUCCUGUAGCACUCUGAUUAUUGCAACAAGAACCUUAAACUUUUUUUUUUUUUCAUUUUUCCAGUGGAAAUGUGAACUUCAGCAACUCUACCUUAUAUUUAGGUCCAAUCUUUUCCAACGUUGAACUUAAAUGUUUGUCUCCAGUUUUCAGUGAAUCCGCAAUCUUCGGUAACCACAAUAAAAAAAAUAAAUAAAAAAAAUUAAAAAUUAAAA